GAUCAGCAACUUUUGCAGAACCCCGACGAGAUUGGCAUAAGAAAUCCCCCAAAUGGCUAGCAAAAAACAAUCGGCACUUAGCCGCGCAAACAACACCCGUCGCGCUAACGACCUCGUCCUGGGACACGUUGGCCGUGUCUCUUAUAUCCCACGCCUCGACCAUGAUGACGACGACGACGACAAGGAUGAUGAUUAUGGGCCGGGCGACCUAUUUAUCAAUAGAGCUUUCAAAGAUGUCCCAUCAUUCCAAGAGGUAACCCCCUUUGAUGAAUGGUAUUCUCCUUCUCAAUCAUCUACCCUUGUCCAGCCGCCCACAGGUUUCAGUGCCCAACGCUCUCAACAGUACUACCUGCUCAAAGAGCACCCAGAGGCCUUUCUAGGCCUGGCAGCAGACCUAAAGUCUGCACUGCAGGAUGAUGUGGCGCAGUGGCGCACCGAGUCCAAGCGCCAACAAUCGUCAAGGACCCGAACCCUACUCCCACUGGUUGGAGUCGGCGAGAUCACGGACCGCACGGGGUACAGCAGUACUUGCACCGUGCUCGCUGUUGUCUGUGGCGAGGCAGGCGAUGUGGUGCGCCUUGUGAGGCUGCAUGAGGAGCAAAAGUCUUGGGGCGGGGAGGCCGGCGACGGUGCAGGAGUCUUGCUCAAGACGCCCGAUGCCGGGUACGAGGGUUUUUGGCAUGCCGACGGCUUGGCAAUCUCGAAAUUGCAACUUGUAUCUUUUCCAAGGCGCAAUCGCGGCAUGAGGAGAUGGCUUAUCGUCCAAACAGCUACAGAAACCCAUGUUUUCGAACCCGAGGUGCUCAAAGUCCCCAUCUGGAACAAAUUCAAUGGGUUUGCAGCUGAAGCCUUCUCCGGCCCUGCAUACAUCUCCAUGACACUCAUGCUGAGCAUCAAGGCCCAAGGGAGGCAAAACGCCGACUUUGUGUUAAAUUUCAGCGAUGAAGAGAGGACCCCGCAGCUGGCGAUUGUUGACGUUGAUGGCUACUGGAACGUAUGGGACAUACAAAGCAACGAGAGACGCAGGCGAGAUGACUUGAAAAUAACUGCAUCCCUUCACAGUUCGGGGCAGAUGCCUGAAGACGCUUUUGGAGACAUUGGGAGCGAACAUGAACUGUGCCGAGUUGUUUGGACUACCCCUUUGCACGAUACUAGCUGGCGGCAUCAUGAUGGUGAGGAGCACCAAAGAGCCUUGGUGGUAUGCACACGGAAGACACUGGUCAUUUUCGACAUCAACGGAAACUCGGCCGAUCACCCAAAGACUACAUUGACAUGGCUUGUCGACUCCAAGAAAGCAGAGAGCAUCCUUGAUAUUGCCAUUUCUCCCGGAGAGCCAUCCAAGCUAUUUGUAUUGACUAGCACCACAGUCUUUUGGCUCGAGCUGAGGCAUUCCUCUGAAGCUUCGGAGCCAUUUUUGAUCAAUAUCCUGCUAUCCUGUCCUCACCAACGGAGCCCUGUCGACGACACCCUCCGGAUGAGCGUCACGCGGCCAGCAAGGGAUGAUCGGUGGCUCGUUUGCAUAUUCUCUGGAACAGGCAGCUCAAGGACAACGCUGUUCUGGUUCCGCAGCCCUCAUCCCCGCUCCGAGACUGCUACUUUUUCCCACCAGAUCGCAAGCUUGUCUCUUCCUGAUGAUGCCAAACAUAUCCGAUCGAUUGCACUCACACCAAGUACUCUCGAUAUACCCCUGGCCGCAACGGGCCAUCUAAAAAAUAACCGCUUUGCUCAACUACUCGUCCUCACCAAAUCUCUUGGCCUGCACUCGGCUUUAUUCGCCAUUACAGUCACCCCUUCGCAUCACAACCGUCCGCCUCCAAUCCCCGCACCUGAAAGCAGAGAUACGACCGACGUUAGGUACCGGUCCGUGGACAUCAAGCGCAAGAAGAUCAUAUCACAAUUCUCCGAUGCAUUUGUUGUGCGCGACGAUUACGCCGUAUUGUUUGAGCAUGGACGACGGUAUAAGAUGCAGCAGGAGGCAGAGGAGGCUUACGAUGCGCACAGGGCUCGGCUGGAGAAAGUUAGGCAAGAGACUGCUUUCAAAGGAUACUUUCUGAAUCUGGGACCUGUAAUGCACAUAGUGAUGGAACGUGUAGCCGCCAAAGUGAAGGGAGUUCUGCUUGAAGGUCAUGGUGUUGAUGAUGGCUCUAUUUCGGAUGGUUUUGCAACCAUUCGACAUCUCGUCGAGGACGGCUUGGCGAGGGCCCACCUGCCUAUGACCACAAUUCUAGAAGCAUGCACUCAGAUCAAACCCGGAGAUCUGAUCACACACAGCGGGAGCCAACGAUGGAUAGAGGAACUAGGGCAACUCCGGGAGUUUGCUGCUGAAGCCGAGACAGUCCAGGUACAUGACCUGACAGGUGACACGUCCGCUAUCACAGACCCAUCAGCAAUUUUCCAACGCCUACUUCAUCUGUGGACUUCGAGCCUUCCCGAAAAACUACUCGACGAAAACCAAGCACGAGAACGAGAGGCAUUGAUAGCGUGCAUCGCAGGCGAAGUUUCCCAAGCCCAGGCCGGAGUGUCCGUAGCCCUGAGGCCACCAGCCCCCAAGGGACCCAAAAGUUUACCACACGAAGAACUCAGAGGGUCUUCGCAGCCCGAGCUAGGUCUGCCAUCACCCUCUGCAACGCCGUCGUCAUCGCGAGCGGCUUCAGAAGUCCGCUCGUUGUACAGCGACCAGGCUUCGUCUGCGCCCGACAAUGAGGAAUCAGAACAGCAGCAGGACCCCGCAGCGAUCCGCCUAGCCCGCUAUGCGACCUCGAUAGGGUAUAUUCCAAAGAGAGAUGAAGAAUCGGCGCUCUUGGCGCGGUGGCCAUCCGAGCCGGGCUCCGACCCGGCCGACUUUGGCUGGUCUUGGGCUGGAGGAGAGGAGCGUCGGCUGGCGGCGCGGCUCGAGGCGACUCGCCGAGCAAAAGAGGCCAGGCGACUCCGAAUGGUGGAGCGAAGGGCCGCCAUGGGUCUGUCACAAGGGCCGGAUAGCGGCAGCGUGGCGGCUGUUGGUAGCAGCCAGGCGCCGAGGAUCGCAGCUUCGAGCCAGGCGAUUGGGACGAUGCCGCAGACGCAGACGCAGAUCAUGUCCUCACAGCCCGCUAGUCAAGGGGGUGUGGCCAUGUCGCAGCCUGUUCUGGGACGGCAUGGGGGUCGGCCUGUGUUGGGCAAGAAGAAAGCUGGGCGAGGGAGGAAAAUCGGCUUUCGAUAGAUGGAAGCCGGUCAUCGGCAGUGUUUUUGCGGUUACCUACGGCUUUUACUGGUCAACUUCACGUAGAGGGAUGGAUACCGAUAGGUCAGUGUGAGGUCUUCCCCGGGUACCUGCGCAUAUUUGGAAUAAUAUUCAAACUAGAUAAUUUCUACUUGGGUAAGGAUCCAGUAUGUUAGUAAACAGGCUUGACAGGGUAGGUACCUACCUAGGUAACUAAUAUCAAGGUGCUUACAUUUGGCGGGAAAAGACGGGAACAAGCGACGUUUGAAUGGGG